CAGCAAAGAUGGAGCCCCAAAAAAACGGCGAACUGAAUACGAAAUAAAGUCGCCAGAUUUUUGGUUGGCCCAUAAGAAUGAUGAUGAAUUAUAUAUGUCCUUGCUCAAGUUGGAGUUAGAAAAUGAAAAACACAAUGGACAAUGCUAUCGUACAUUGUGUUUAUUAAGUUGUAAACCACUCCCUCAUGUUCCACCCACCACAUUGUUUUUUCAUUCCAACGCAAAAAUUUUAAAUAUAUUUCCUUAUUCAAAGCCAAUCAAAAUCGAGUUGGAAAAGUUGGAAAUGCUUUUCAAAUUUACGCUUCAUUUAUUUACUUCUAUAGUAAAUAAAGAGUUUAUAUGUGAAAUUGAUCAAUUCACAUAUCUUAUUGCACCACUUUUUCAAAAUGCACCUGUUAAUGAGAAUUCAUUUGACUUUAUUGAUUGGUAUGAAAUUGAGAAGGCAAUCACACAUAAGCAUUUAGAAAUUGAAUUGAAUGAUAUUUCAAAGUUAGAAGAUUCAGUUAUAAUUGAUUACUCUGAUAAUUUAAGGCAUUAUUUUAUAGAGUCAAUCUGUUAUGAUCUAAAUAUACUGUCACCAAUACCACAGGAAGUGGCCAUAAGAGAAAAGGGUUGCAAAAAUUUUGGUGAAUUUUACAGUAAGACAUUUAAAGUUGAAAUAAAAAAUAAUGAUCAACCAUUACUUCAAGUUAAAGAAAUUUCAAGAACCAUAAAUUUUUUACAGCCUAUACCUGAUGCAUUUUCCAUCUUAAAAGAAAGAACAGCAACAUAUGUGGUACCAGAAUUUUGUAAAGAAUUUUCAAUUAAGGCUUCAGUGUUCAGAUCUGCACUUUUAUUACCAUCUAUAUUUACAAGAUUAGAUUCACAACUUUUGGCAUUGGAAUUAAAACAUAGAUUGGAUCUACCUAUUAACAAUGAGUAUUUGUUGUCAGCAUUAACUGCUCCAUCUGCAAAAAUGGAAAUGAACUAUGAACGUCUUGAGACUCUUGGUGAUUCAUUUUUAAAGUUUUGUGUAAUCACACAAUUAUAUGUUUUAUUUCCUGAAAAAGAUGAAGGUCAGCUUCAUAAUCAGUGUGUUAGCAUAGUUUGCAAUGAGGCACUUUAUAAUAAUGCAAAAAAACUACAACUGUAUGAACAUAUAAAUUCCUUGCCAUUUAAUCAUAAAAUGUGGAGACCUGCAAAUAUGAUGACUACUGUUGAUGACCCUGAAACUUUUAAAAAAAAUAAAGUUCAUGAUUUAACAGAUAAAAAACUUGCUGAUGUAAUAGAAGCUCUUUUAGGAGCAGCAUAUUUAACUGGUGAAGAACAGGCAGGGAUCAAGUGUGCUAGAGCAUUGGAAGUUUCAUUUGAUGGUAUUGUUGAAUGGGGUCAUGUUCAUCAAUUGAAUAGAAACCCACCACGUGCAUUUGUUAAGGAUCUUAAAGAACUAGAUAUUAAGGAGAUUGAAGAACUUUGUGGCUACACCUUUAAUAAUAAGAUUUUAAUUGCUGAGGCACUUAAACAUACCAGUUUACCCAAUUCUUCAACUUUGUGCUACAAACGCCUUGAAUUUCUAGGAGAUGCUAUUUUAGGUUUCUUGACAGUAAAACAUUUGUAUAAGAAAUAUCCAGAUAGUCCACCAGCAAUAAUCACAAACCUGAAAGAUGCAUCUGCUAAUAACCAAAUUGUUGGGGCUAUUUGUGAAGUAGUUGGGCUUCAUAAACAUAUUAUCCAUUCUUCUCCAGCAUUAUCAAGCAAAAUUUCAAAUUUUAUAUCUACAAUUGAAGAUAUAAAAACAAAAGGAGAAAAUUAUGGACAAUAUUGGAGUGAUUUAGAAGUUCCCAAAGUUAUGAGUGAUGUGUUAAAAAGUAUGUUAGGUGCUGUUUUUGUAGACUCAAAGUUUGAUCCUAAUGUUCCUCAAAAAAUUUUUGAUUUAUGGAUUGAGCCAGUUUUAAGCCAACAUGUUACUCUCCUUACAUUGAAAGAGCAUCCAGUAACAGAACUUGAUAAAAUAAUAAAAAAACAUGGAUGUGCUAAAUUUUCAUGUAAUAUUACAACAGAAAAAACAAAGGUAAAUUGUACAGUAUUAAUUCAUGAUACUGUAGUUGGAUGUGCAAGUUCUGAGAGUGGUAAAAUAGCAAAAAAACUGGCAUCAAAAAUUGUUUUAGAAAAAAUUGAGAAAGAUGAGAAAUACCUUGAUUCU